AUGAAAGAUAGUGUAAUCAAGUCCUUGCUUCAGAGCUACGGAGACACCAAAGGGAGGAAGGAAAAGAAGAGAAGAGCGAGCGAGCGAGAGAUCAACCAUGCAAGAGUCACGAAGUCUCCCCUGCCUUCCUCCCCAACCCGUCGUCGCAUGUCCAUUUGCAAAAGCGCCAUCUCAGCCGCUGUCAAACCCUCCAUCUCUAGCGCAACCUUGUCCAAGGAACUCGGGCAACAAUACGCCGGUCUGUUCACCGUCAUCAAACGUGCCGAAAGGCUGGCAAACGGACUUGAUCUGCUACCCUCCUGGCGAGUGCAUGAUGUGAUCAGUGUCCAUCUAGAGCCGGCGCCCCAGACCACAAACCCCUUCAAUCGCGAAACCGGUGAGCCCAAACCUACGUUUGACGAAACCUUCCCACAUAAAACCAACUGCCACGUCGUCCCGUGA